GAUUACUCCAGGACUCCUCGGGCUCCGGAGACGCCAUUUUCCCCCUUGAUAUCUCUCUCCAUAAAUCGGUGGCGCGGCGGAGGCGGCCGCGCCGGGCGGGAAGCGCGGGGCCGGCCGGGGCGCCCGCCGCCGCCUCCGCGCGCCCGGGGCCCCCGCGCCCCCAGAGCGAGGGCGGCCGGCCCGCGUCUCGCCGUUUGACAGAUGCUCAUCGCUAUGGAGUUACCGCAGCAGCACCUUUGGGGGCUCGGACGAGCGACUGGAUCCGGGAUCUGAGCGAGCGCCGGGGCCAGAGGAGCCAAAGCCGCCGGGACAUGGUUGCAGAUCUGAUCUCUUCUGAGCACCCCACCGUGUCUCCAUCCUUGGGACUCUGAACCCAGCAGCUGGACCACUUCGUCCUUGGAAUUUUGGGUGUCCUCUCUGCUCACCUCCCCUUUCUCCCUUUUCCCUUCCCCCUCCUGAGAACUCCUGAAGACUAUAGGAUUGUCAUGGAGUCCAGGGAAAUCUUAAGCAGCUCCCGGCAAAGGGGGAGCGAGUCGGAUUUCCUGCCCGUCUCUGCAGCCAAGCCCCCGACUGCUCCCGGCUGUGCAGGGGAAUCUCUGCUCUCGGCCCCAGGCACUGGCAAGGGGAUCCCAGUGGCUGGAGAACGCAUGGAGCCAGAGGAGGAGGAUGAACUGGGCUCAGGGCGGGAUGUGGAUUCCAACUCCAAUGCGGACAGCGAGAAGUGGGUGGCAGGAGAUGGCCUGGAAGAACAGGAGUUUUCUAUCAAGGAGGCGAACUUCACGGAGGGGAGUCUGAAGCUGAAGAUUCAGACCACGAAGCGGGCUAAGAAACCCCCGAAGAACCUGGAGAACUAUAUAUGCCCACCUGAGAUCAAGAUCACCAUCAAGCAGUCUGGGGACCAGAAGGUGUCUCGUGCUGGGAAAAAUAGCAAAGCGACAAAAGAGGAGGAAAGAAGCCACUCCAAAAAGAAGCUCCUCGCCGCCAGCGACCUUGCAGCCAGCGACCUCAAAGGAUUUCAGCCACAGGCGUACGAGCGGCCACAGAAACACUCAGCUCUCCAUUACGACCCGGGCCUCCCGCAAGACUUCACCGGUGACACCUUAAAACCAAAGCACCAGCAAAAAAGCAGCAGCCAGAACCACAUGGACUGGUCCACCAACUCCGACAGUGGACCUGCCACUCAGAAUUGCUUCAUCGGUCCAGAGUCCGGCCGAGAAACCGCAAGCACCAGCAAGAUCCCAGCUCUUGAGCCCGUGGCUUCCUUUGCAAAGGCCCAGGGUAAGAAAGGCAGUGCAGGGAGCCCAUGGAGUCAGCUGUCCAACAGCAGCAAAGACCUGCUCUUGGGAGGCGUGGUUCCAUCCCCAAGCAACCGCAGCUCGCCCGCCCCUCCCAGCAGCUCUGCCGAGUGCGGCGGGCUUCAGACCUUGGUUGAUCAAGAUGGGGGAGGAGCAAAGGAGCCCCCAGAACCACCUACCGUAAGCAGCAAGAAAAAGUCGAGUAAAAAGGAUGUGAUAAGUCAAACCAUACAAAACCCAGACCUGGACUGGGUCAAGAAUGCCCAGAAAGCAUUUGACAGUGCAGAAGGGAAGAGGGAAGGCUACUCUGCCGAUCAUGCCCAGGUGGCAUCACCAGCCAGGCAGAACGUGAGUUCCAUCAGUAAUCCUGAAAGUGACCCGAGUCAUGUCCGGAUUACUAUCCCGAUCAAGGCGCCCUGUCUAGAUCCAACCAGCCAUAAAAGGAAAAAGAGACAGUCCAUCAAAGCAGUGGUGGAAAAGAUCAUGCCAGAGAAAGCUCUGGCUUCUGGAAUCACGAUGAGCAGUGAAGUGGUCAACAGGAUACUUUCCAGCCCUGAAGGAAAUAAGAAGGAUCCCCGUGUCCCUAAGUUGGGUAAAAUGAUAGAGAACGAGUCCCCCUCCAUUGGCCUCGAAACGGGUGGGAAUGCCGAGAAAGUCGUCCCAGGAGGUGUGUCCAAGCAACGGAAGCCAACCAUGGUCAUGACGCCUCCAACGUGCACAGAUCACUCUCCGUCAAGAAAGCUGCCGGAAAUCCAGCAUCCGAAAUUUGCUGCAAAACGGAGGUGGACGUGCAGCAAGCCCAAACCCACCAGUAUGCUUCGAGAGGCGGUCAUGGCCACCUCCGACAAACUGAUGGUGGAGCCGCCAUCCGCGUAUCCCAUCACCCCAUCCAGCCCUCUCUACACCAACACAGACAGUCUUACUGUGAUCACGCCUGUCAAAAAGAAGCGGGGACGACCAAAGAAGCAGCCUCUGCUCACGGUUGAGACGAUUCAUGAGGGGACGUCCACCAGUCCGGUCAGUCCCAUCAGCCGGGAAUUUCCUGGCUCCAAGAAGAGAAAGAGACGACGCAGUUUAGCUAAGUUGGCCCAGCUAGUGCCAGGAGAGGACAAACCCAUGAGCGAGAUGAAAUUUCACAAAAAAGUUGGAAAGCUUGGGGUGUUGGAUAAGAAGACCAUCAAAACCAUCAAUAAGAUGAAAACACUCAAGAGGAAAAAUAUCUUGAACCAGAUCUUGUCCUGCUCCAGCAACAUCGCUCUGAAGGCUAAAGCACCCCCGGAGACCAGCCCUGGGGCAGCAGCAAUUGAGAGCAAACUGGGCAAGCAGAUUAAUGUCAGCAAGAGGGGAACCAUCUACAUUGGCAAGAAGAGGGGCAGGAAGCCAAGGGCAGAGCUGCCACCCCCAUCCGAAGAACCCAAAACAGCCAUCAAGCACCCAAGGCCUGUCUCCAGCCAGCCGGAUGUUCCAGCCGUGCCUUCCAACUUUCAGUCACUUGUGGCGUCUUCACCAGCAACUAUGCACCCACUUUCCACACAGUUAGGUGGGUCAAACGGCAACCUGAGCCCCGCCAGCACUGAAACCAGUUUUUCAGAGUUGAAAACUAUGCCAAAUCUCCAGCCCAUCAGUGCUCUUCCAACCAAAACCCAAAAGGGAAUACACAGUGGAACCUGGAAGCUGUCUCCACCCAGGCUGAUGGCCAACUCACCUUCACACCUUUGCGAGAUCGGGUCACUCAAGGAAAUAACGCUGUCCCCUGUGAGUGAGUCGCACAGCGAGGAGACGAUCCCAAGCGACAGUGGCAUCGGGACAGACAACAAUAGCACGUCUGACCAAGCAGAGAAGAGUUCAGAAUCCCGGCGGAGGUACUCCUUUGAUUUCUGCUCCCUGGACAACCCGGAGGCCAUUCCGUCUGACACCAGCACAAAGAACCGGCACGGCCACCGGCAGAAGCAUCUCAUCGUGGACAACUUUCUGGCCCACGAAAGCCUCAAGAAGCCAAAGCACAAGAGGAAACGGAAAAGCCUGCAAAACCGUGAUGAUCUCCAGUUCCUGGCAGACCUGGAAGAGCUCAUCACCAAGUUCCAGGUGUUCCGGAUUUCCCACCGGAGUUACACCUUUUACCACGAGAAUCCGUACCCCAGCAUUUUUCGGAUUAAUUUUGAUCACUAUUACCCGGUGCCGUAUAUCCAGUAUGACCCGUUGCUCUAUCUCCGUAGGACUUCCGACUUGAAGUCAAAGAAGAAGCGUGGUAGGCCUGCAAAAACCAAUGACACCAUGACAAAGGUGCCUUUUUUACAAGGGUUCAGCUACCCUAUUCCCAGUGGAAGUUACUAUGCACCCUAUGGAAUGCCUUACACAUCAAUGCCUAUGAUGAACCUUGGUUAUUACAGUCAGUACCCAGCUCCUUUGUACCUGUCGCACACGCUCGGAGCAGCUUCCCCAUUCAUGAGGCCAACAGUGCCACCACCUCAGUUCCACACAGGCUCCCACAUGAAGAUGUCUGGGACGGCGAAGCAUAAAGCAAAGCAUGGAGUACACCUGCAGGGACCUGUGGGCAUGGGCCUUGGUGACAUGCAGCCCUCCCUGAAUCCUCCCAAGGUUGGCAGUGCCAGUCUGUCCAGCGGUCGGCUCCACAAGAGGAAACACAAACACAAGCAUAAGCACAAGGAAGACCGGAUCCUGGGGACCCACGACAACCUGAGUGGUCUCUUUGCAGGCAAAGCCACAGGCUUCUCCAGCCACAUCCUGAGUGAGCGGCUGAGUAGCGCAGACAAAGAGCUCCCGUUGCUGAGUGAGAAGAGCAAGCAUAAGGAGAAGCAGAAGCACCAGCACAGUGACGCCAGCCACAAAGCCUCUAAGAACAACUUCGAGGUGGACACCCUGUCUACGCUGUCACUUUCUGAUGCCCAGCAUUGGACGCAGGCCAAGGACAAAGGUGACUUGAGCGGUGAGCCUGUGGACUCGUGCACGAAAAGGUACUCAGGCAGUGUUGGGGAUGGUGUCGGCGCGAGACCGGAGAGCCUGGACAUGUUCAGUGAAAUGAACCCUUCACAUGACAAGUGGGACAGUGAUAUGAGUGGGAGUAAAAGGAGGAGCUACGAAGGCUUUGGGACGUACAGGGAAAAGGACAUCCAAGCCUUCAAGAUGAACCGCAAGGAGAGAAGUUCUUACGACUCCUCCAUAUCUCCAGGGAUGCCAAGUCCCCACUUAAAAGUGGACCAGACGGUAACGCUUAGUAAGAACGAGGGCUCCGCGUCCACCAUGAUGACCAGGAAGAAGCCAGCUGUGGUGGACAGUGUUGCCAUCCCUCCCACCCCCGUGCUGUCUCUGCUCGCUGCAUCUGCAGCGACCUCGGACGCAGCCAGCUCCUCCCUGAAGAAACGCUUCAAGAGGCGGGAGAUCGAAGCCAUCCAGUGCGAGGUGCGGAAGAUGUGCAGCUACACCAAGAUUCUGUCUACCAAGAAGAACCUGGACCACGUGAACAAGAUCCUGAAGGCCAAGCGGCUGCAGAGACAAUCAAAGACAGGCAACAACUUCGUCAAGAAGAGGAGAGGGCGUCCCCGAAAGCAGCCCACCCAGUUCGAUGAGGACUCCAGAGACCAAAUGCCGGUGCUGGAAAAAUGCAUCGACCUGCCCAGCAAGAGGGGGCAGAAGCCCAGUCUGAGCCCCCUGGUGCUGGAGCCCGCCGCCAGCCAAGACACCAUCAUGGCCACCAUCGAGGCGGUCAUCCACAUGGCCCGCGAGGCGCCGCCCCUGCCCCCGCCGCCCCCGCCCCUGCCGCCGCCGCCGCCCCCGCCCCCGCAGCCACCCCCGCCCCUGCCCAAGGCCCCCAGAGGAGGCGGGAAGAGGAAACACAAACAGCAGCCUGCGGCCCAGCCCCCGCAGCCACCCCCACAGCAGCCCCUUCCCCAGGAAGAGGAGGUCAAGGCCAAAAGGCAGCGGAAAUCCCGAGGGAGUGAGAGUGAUGUCCUUCCCUAGGGUGGGCCUGGGCAUCCGGACCUGGGGCUGGGGGAACUGGCGCAUUGGAAGUCCCCCGCUGCAGGGACACCCCUGCCCUUCUCUCCAGAAGCUGGGCGGGCAGAAUCGGGCCAGAUGACCGGGCUGAGCCAUCGGUAGCUCUUGGUAAAGCAAAGCAGGGGGGAUGCCUUCCAAAGAAGUUUGUGCUUUACUGCAGUUCCCAGCCCAGCGGCACUUCGCAUGGCUAGAUCCUGGGCAGGCGAGCGAGCAGAAGACCCACCGAGGAGGAGGCCGCGGGCUGUGCUCUCGGCCACCUGACCUGCAGCCAAGGUGCGCCCUUGAUGCCCUUACGUUUGCUGGCCAGGAAAAUGGAAAGGGAAACACCCUCAAUUAGGAAACAUUCCAAGAGCAGAAAAGCUGCAGAUUUCUCAACUGGCUUUGUUAUAACCCACUUCCAUUUAAUUGGCUUUUGUUUCUUUUGGUUUUUCAAGCUCGGCUAGGCUUUGGGUACCAACAUUGUCUUCAGGUGACCUGAAUCUUUCCGUUAACGAUACAGUUUCUCAGAUGGACUCAUGUCAUCAGAAGGUGGAAUUCUAGUGAUAGGCAACCUUAGACUUGCAUUCAUAUUCUUCUGUAUGCCUCCUCUAUCACACAUACCCUGAUAUUUAGCAUUGUCUGUUCCUCCUUUCCCCUUGCCCAUUAGGUACUUCCAUAUACCUUUUCAUUAACGUACUUGGCUGCCUUCUUUUCCUUGGUACACACCGAAAUAAUGUAAACCUUACCUGUGUUGUGACGUUCACCCUUGGCAUGCUGUCCCAAGGAACUUGGCUUUGAAUCCCAAUCAUACUCAGUAUUGAUAGAGCCUUUUAAAUAAGUGAUUUAGAGCACCUGAGGAUAUGUUGACCCAGGUGUCAACCAGGUUAUUUUUAUAUUUAAAACAUAUCAUCAGAAAAUAGGCAGAAUAAGAGGGUUUUAAUACCCCAAAACAAAUGUAAUAACCAACAAAUCACCAAAAACUGAAACCCCAGACACCAGAAAGACUAAGUGUUUAGCAAUGCCUUGGUAUGUGAUUUUUU